CUAUACAUUGUCCAGAAUAACUGUACAUUAUCCAGACACGCUGUGCAUUACACAGAAAAACUGUACAUUAUUUGGCAUAACCUUAUUCAGAAUAACUGUGCAUUAUACAGACUAGCUGUAUAUUAUACAGAAUUAUUGUACAUUAUUUAG